AGUGGGCAGUGUUCCAUGAAAGUGUCUUCUCUCCCUAUACACUGCCUUCCCCUGCACUCCUUCCAGCAGACCAUCCCGACUGAAGGAAGAAGGGGUGUUCAUGGAGGGGGGGGGCAAGGCCCAGCAACUCGUGCAGGACAAGUUCACGUUCCUGAAGAUGCUGGCCAUGCGCCCUGCUGAGCUCCGUUGACAACUUGUCCUCCUCUGAGGCAGAGCUGAGGCGUCGGUGGGUUGUGGGCGGGCGGUGACCUCAAAGGUUGGGCCAGGAGGACAGGGCACCUGGCAAGACCCUCAGGGACGCCCCCGUCCAGCGCCGGGGAGGCUGAAGCAACAAGAGGACGCUGUGCUAGAGAAAGGGGGGGAGCGUUGGGCGUGUGCGCGCGCGGUGUUUGGCUUUCUAGUUUUCCACCCCUUCAUUCCUGGGGUUUGAAGCAGCGCUCGCAUCGAGCAAUAACAGCAUUCUUGGAAACGUCCUUCGCGUCUGACGUGGUCCUUCGUCGACUGAAAGGAGUCUCUCUUUCGUUCUUCUCUCGGAUCGGGACUUUCGUCUCUGGCUGGCGCGGGGCACAAGAAGCGAGAGCGCAGAGAAUAGAGUUUUUGGAAGCGGCAUCCCUUGCUUUGAAACUGUGGAAAGUGAAGAAGAUUCUUGACUAUAAAGAUGAAGAGUCUACUUUUUCUGGUGCUGAUUUUUUUCUACUGGGCUGAGCAUCAUGCUGCUAACUUCACUCUGGAGCAUGAUAGAAUAAUUCACAUCCAUGAAAAUGAACCUCACCUUCUUGUGAAAGCAGAACAAACCAAAAUCUUCUCGCAUCGUGGUGGCAGUGUUACUCUGCCAUGUAAAUUUUAUCGUGACAAUACAUUACCAGUCUCAGGAUUCCAUAGAGUUCGUGUCAAGUGGACCAAACUCACUUCAGAUUACCUCAAAGAACUGGAUGUCUAUGUUGAAAUGGGCUACCACAAAAAAAGUUAUGGUAAUUACCAAGGAAGAGUAUUCUUGAAGAAAAGCACUGAAAAUGAUGCCUCUCUGGUAAUCUCAAAUUUAAUGCUGGAGGAUUAUGGGAAAUACAAAUGUGAAGUCAUUGAAGGUUUAGAAGAUAACUCAACUGUUAUAACUCUAGACUUGGACGGCAUUGUAUUCCCUUACUUUCCACGACUGGGUCGCUAUAAUUUAAACUUCUAUGAAGCUCAGCAAGCCUGCCUCGACCAGGAUGCAGUUAUAGCUUCAUUUGACCAGUUAUACGAAGCAUGGAGAUCAGGACUGGACUGGUGCAAUGCGGGCUGGCUCAAUGAUGGAUCAGUGCAAUAUCCAAUUAGAGAUCCCAGAGAGCCUUGUGGUGGGAAGAACACAGUGCCUGGAAUCCGGAAUUACGGCUUCUCAAAUAAAGAACAAAACAGAUAUGAUGUCUUUUGUUUUACCUCUCACUUUACUGGCCGUUUUUAUUACCUAAUACACCCGACCAAGCUGACCUAUGAUGAAGCCGUGCAAGCCUGCAUCAAUGAUGGUGCACAGAUUGCUAAAGUAGGCCAAAUGUUUGCAGCUUGGAAACUCCUAGGAUAUGACCGCUGUGAUGCCGGCUGGCUGGCUGAUGGCAGUGUCCGAUAUCCCAUCUCAAAGCCAAGAAAACGCUGUAGCCCUAAUGAAGCAGCAGUACGUUUGGUGGGCUUUCCGGAUAAAAAGCACAAGCUAUAUGGAGUCUACUGCUUCAGGUCAUACCAGUGAAAGGACCAAGAGCACAACAGUGUCCAGUGAAGAUUGUUUCAAUAAGAACUUAUACAAAUUGCCAAAACUGUGAUAAAUCUUUUUUUUUCUUACUAUAAGGAGUCAUUUCGUAAAAGCAACCAAUUAAUUUGUUCGGUUAUUAUUAUUUUUUUAAAAAAUCAUUCAAUAGAUAUUUUAAAUUAAUAUAAUUUAAAGAAAGUUCUAGGUAAGGAAGUUUUGAAAUGUAACUCUUUAAGCUACACAAUUCCAACAAACAUAUUUUUCUUGAAUGGGGCAUGCAAUAGCUUGAUGAUUGCUAGGACUCAGUUAAGGAAUGUAAGGCUUAUCAAAGGAUAAAGUUUACAUAUUUGCAUCGUAUUAAAAGAUACCAGAGAAUAAUGACUGAGAUCUGAUGUUAUGAACUGUGUCCAUCUUUUAUUAACUGCCAUUCCAUGUGAUUUUGUGAGCAGUUAAAAAAAGAUGUGAAUGCUGUUUAAAGCAACAGUAUUUUAUGAAGUCUUCAACAUAAAAAAAACAAGUUUCACUAUUUUAAACCAUGCCUUUUAGCAAACUCUGGUAAAGAAUUGUAACAUUCCAUCAAGCACAGUUAAAUCUUCUGAAUAUAUUCCUGGUUUUCUUAUGUAUGCAGUAGAAAAUGUGUGUAUGAAAAAUUAAAGAUUGGAGCCAUUUUUCUUCUUAAUAUAAACUAAAUAUGCCUGAAAUAUAUUGCAUUACUUUGAAUAGUUUUAUGAACUUUUAUAUUGCUGCAGCUGUUGUUUUAAUUUUGAAAUCCAUUUUGCUAAGCAGCAUUUAGCUUUUACUCAGGGCAGUUAUCUAUAAAUGAACUGCUGGACAGAAACACACAUGUAUUAAAUAUAGCAUCUUGAUUUCAUUGUAGCUUUUAAGUAUUAUUGCCUUUAUAAAUGAAAAUUUUAAAUAUUUAAAAUUUCCUGUCCUAGUUCCAUGUGUCUAAGAUAAACAUUAUUUGAAUUUUGAAGCAUAUUGUCUCCUCUAUAAAUAAGAGGAAGAUAUUUUUUAUCCUGUUUAGGAGAAGGAGAAAUAUUUUAAUACUGAGUACUCUUGAUAAAAUCAAAAACAUUUGCUUAUUUUAAUGGAGACACCAACUCCCUCAUUUUCAUCUUAUUAUGCCUUGUAUGGUCCAGUUUCUUGUGUGCAAAGAAGAAUUUAUGUAUGGCAAAGCUCUUGGGUUCCCCAGUAGAAUAUGACGAACUAUAGCUACAGUAUAUUUUAAUUGGGAUUAUUUGGUCACUAUUAGGAUUUCUAGUUAUUUUUCCAGAUUACUUUCUAUAUUACCAUAAUAUGCUGAGUUAUGUAUAGGACAAAUGACUUAUUAACUUUCUUCAGCCUAGAGUUCCUAAAUAUAUGGGAGUUCACAUAUCCAUGAUCCUUGGGAAUGAUGAGUGUUUAAUUCUAAAACAUCAGGAAUGCUCAUGAUAUUUCUGGUGAAAAAUAAAGGUAGCAAAAUAUAGUAAGCACUGGAUGAAUCUGCUUAGAAUUAAUGGCUCUGAUAAAACAAACAUUAAACUAUGACUAAGUUAUGUUUAACAAAAGAAAUUUCAGAUAGUGUAGAUCAUGCUAUGAUUUACUGUGUAAUCUUAGGCUCUGUUUUUGGGAUUUGUUCCAAGGAUCAUAAAUGUCUUUAUUUGGAUUCAGAUAACAGAAUCAUAUUGUCAAUAAUUACAUGAUUUUCAUAUAUAUUUCUGGAUCAUAAUUCCAGCAAGAGGAAAGCCUUGUAACAAUAUAUUUGUGGUUUGGUCUAUGUACCACAAUAUUAUAACUAACCAAGGGAUUUUAUCUUGACUGUUUUCAGAGGAUUGUGCUCCAGCGGACAGCUAAAACAGCAUAUAGUAGGAUUAGAAAGCAUUUGCACACAUCGUUAAACUUGUGUAUUCUAUGCAAAAUGUUCCCAUGUCAACAUUUACGAACAAUCAGUGUGUUGUAUAAAUGACAUAGAAAUAAAAUAUCUAAUGCUCAUGGAUUGAUUAAGAUACACAUUGCAAAAAGAAACAUUGAUAUAAUUGUACAAACAUGUAAAUGAGUAUCUGUACCUUAGCAGAAUGUUCAUUAAAGAUGGAAAAUAAAUGGAGAAAUUUUAAGGUGUGAAUUGUUCAUAAAAGAAUAGUAGAAUGAUAGUACACUGGUUUACUUCAAACAAGAUUGGCUACAAAGUUUGAGUGAAAUUUCAUAAACAUCUGCAAGCUUUAUUGAGUAAAAUAACAUGAGAUACCUAAGACUAGAUGCAUGAUGCACCUGUUGGCUCUUUAGAGCAGCCAAUGCCCUAAUUAUGGACACACCUUGAAAAUGUUCAGAUCUUUUGUAAUUGCCUAAUACAGAAUAACAAAAAAAGGAACUAAAAUAUGAGAGGUGAAAAUUAAGUGGGGCAACCUCAGCUAGGCUUUGUCGGCCAUGAAACUAGCAGUAAUAGCAAAGGAAUAGCACAUGGUUUUGAAGGGUAAAUUACUACAAAUUAUUUUUUCUUCCCAACUUGAGCGCCCUCAGGUGAUAUUUUUCAGUUGACAGGGAAGCAUCUAGAGUGGAGGUUGUGAAUAAUUAUUCAUGCAGUUGAGAAUAAAGGACAGAUACGUUUUUCUUAUCCUUAUACUUGCUGACUUCAACUAUCUCAAGAUCAUUUUUUUUAAAUGUCUAUAUUCUCUAUUAAUUGUAAUUUGAUCAAGUGUUAAUCACUUUAAGACAAAACUUGUAUUUUGUGACUGCUUUUCUGGAGACAGCUGGUAGAUAUUUGAAAAUAAAUAAAUCUGCUUCCA